GUCCUGUAGGGACUAGGAUUGAAGAGCUUCAGUUCUUGGUCAGGGUCCUGGACAAUGGAAGAAGCCACAUAAAUAAUCAUCCAUCUACAUUUAUACUCCAAUGACGAGACUUAGAAUAAUAACCAACGUGCGUGGACUGAACUCUCCGUCCAAACGAGGAACACUUCGUAGUGAAGCACCACCCUGGGAGCUUGGGAGAGCAGAAUUUGGCAGAAUAAAACUUCUUAAUCACCCUACUCCUGAUGAGAAAAGCUCCACAAAAGCAAGGAUGGAAAAGGACAAGAAUGAGAUGACAAAGAGAAUAUUAAACCUCACUCUGGAGAUAAUUUACCAGCUUACUGGAGAGGAUUACACAAUUGUGAAAAACACAACUGCUCAUUUUGUGAUACCCAGAAUCCAUCCACUAGUUUCAGCAGAAAGGAGCAAAUGUCAGAGAAUUCAUGAGAGAAACAACAAGCAGAAGGUCCUAGAACUCACCAACAAGAUCGUUGAGCUGCUGACUGGAGAGGUUCCUAUAAGGUGUCAGGAUGUCACUGUUCAUUUCUCCAUGGAGGAGUGGGAGUAUUUAGAUGGACACAAGGAUUUGUAUGAAGACAUCAUGAUGGAGAACCACCAGCCCUUCACAUUACCAGAUGGAUCCAGUAAGACAAAUCCUCCAGAAAGGUGUCCCAGUCCUCUGUCUUCCCAGGACUGCCCAGAGGAAAAUCACAGUGUCCCAGAGAAUCAUCAGUUGAAUCCAGAUGAAGACUUGAUCGAUAUUAAAAUUGAAGUUAUAGAUGGUGAUGAAGAGGAUGAAUUUUUAAAGGCAGAUCAGCUAUGUAAAGAAGAUGACAUUCCUGCAGAUAUCCGCCAAAAUUUAGAAGACGCUAAUGGUGCCAUACAAAGUUCUUCAGGUGAAAAUUCCACUUGCCCCAAUAUACAUUCACAGCUUCUCAGCAGUGAUUCAUCAUCUUAUUCUUCUAAUACCAAGAGAACUUCUGAUCAGUCACCAACUUAUAGAGAAAGUAAUAUAUUCCCAUUUCCUGAGCCAGAGGACAAUUUCACUGAAAAAUCUGAUAGUAAUGAGAGCGGCCAACCCUCUACUUGGGAAUCUUAUAUCAUAGAACAUCAGAGACAUUACACAGGAGAGAAGUCUCUUCCUUAUACAAAUGAUGGAAAAUAUUUACCACAAAGGCCAAAUCUUCUGAAUCAACAGAGAGCAAACAUGGGCCCGCCUCAGUUUCUUUGUUUGGAAUGUGGAAAAUGGUUUCCACAGGAAUGCGAUCUUUUAAAACAUCAGAAAAUUCACACCGGGGAGAAGCCAUUUUCGUGUGCAGAAUGUGGGAAAUCAUAUGCUCAGAAAUCAGGCCUUUUUGAACAUCAAAAGCUUCACACAGGAAAGAAGCCCUUUUCAUGUUCAGAUUGUGGGAGAUGCUUUACUCGAAAAUCGAGCCUUGUUGAACAUGGAAGAAUUCACACAGGGGAGAAACCUUUUGUAUGUUUAGAAUGUGGAAAAUGUUUUACUUAUAAAUCAGGCCUUAGUGAGCAUGAGAAAAUUCACACGGGAGAGCGGCCAUUUUCAUGUUCGGUAUGUGGAAAAUGUUUUAACAAGAGAGCAGUUCUGGUUAAUCAUCUGAGAACUCACACAGGCGAGAGGCCAUUUCCAUGUCCCGAGUGCGGAAAAUGUUUUACCGAUAAAUCAGUUCUUGUCAAACACCAGAGAAUUCACACAGGGGAGAAGCCAUUUUCAUGUUCAGAAUGUGGAAGAUGUUUUACCCAGAAAUCCGUUCUUGAUAAACAUCAGAGAAUUCACAAAGGAGAGAAGCCCUUUUCAUGUUCGGAGUGUGGAAGGUGUUUUACCCAGAAAUCUGUCCUUAUGAAACAUCAGAGAAUUCACACGGGGGAUAGACCUUUUUUAUAUCGCAAUAUGUGAAAUGCUCAGAGCAGAUUUUUUUUUUCAGAUAUGAGGUUCUUCCCAAGUAAUAAUCACACCAGGUCCUUAACUUUCAAUUUGGGUGGAAUUAUUCACCAUUUUACACCAUCAUAUUAUAUUUUCUUGAGGAUGACCAUGGCUACUAUUCCGAGGAGAAAGAGAGGUAAAGGAUGCAGGUACGUUGCCUAUCUAAGCAGUGGAGCUGAGUUGUCACCCUGUCAUUGUAGUGUACAACAGAGCAUUUCCUUGUUGUGUUGUGCCCUUUAGACCAAAGUGACCACAUUUUUCCUUGUCUGGACAAAAUUGAAAUUGAAGCCUCUAAUGUAGCAGAAAAGGAAUGAAGCAGUGAGUGUGUGCUGUGCUCCUGUUAUACCUGGACAAUGAGUUUUUGCCUUGGCAUGGACUUUGGAACAAAAGCUGCCAUUUGUAUUAGUAUUUAUUCACAGAACUGAUCUGGCUCUAGAUUCAGCUCUCUUCACCUCUGUCAUUCUGGAGAGGACCUCCAUGUAAUGUUCUUCCAGUUGGCAUAUUAUUAUAUGAUAUUAAUUUCCUUUUCCUACGCGUGAUGUUUAGUAUAAUAUAUUGGAAGUGCUUGGUCAAUAAUUUUGAUAAUAUGUAUGUUAAUAUGUAACAUAUAAUGUGUAUUCUGUAGUCAUGUCAAGAAAUAAAAAUAAAAAAAAUGUUAAAUUA